AGCACGCUCACACAGAUAAAAUUCAUGGGUAUGGUGCAUAAAAUAACCCCAGACCUCUUACGGGGUGUGGCCUUAGGCUUGCUGGGUGCCUUUGUGCUUGCCAUAAUGAGUUAUCACCUCACAGUAUUCAUAUUCCGCAAGCGAUUUCCAGUUCCUCCCAAGGGGGGAGCCAUCGUCAUUACUGGCGCAAGCACCGGAAUCGGCAACCAUGCUGCACAGCAUCUGGCAAGGCAAGGUUAUAUCGUAUACUGUACCGUACGGAAGCCGGCAGACGUGGAAGCUAUUCAGGCGCUAGGGCUGCCCAAUCUGCGACCCAUUAUCAUGGACGUUGCUCAGGCCAAAUCCAUCGAGAACGGGGCCGAAACCAUUCUGGCAGAACUUUCGAAAAAUAACAUUCCCCUAAUUGGUCUCGUUAAUAACGCAGGCGUUGCACAGAAGUUCCCCUUGGAAUUCCACCCUUUGACGGACCUCCGCAGCAUGUUCGACAUCCACGUGAUAGGGCCUCUCGAACUGACCCAGCGCCUCUUGCCCGCCAUUCGAGCCAACAAAGGUCGCAUCGUCAAUCUCUCCUCCAUCACUGCACUUGUGCUUCUUCCAACAGGGGCAGCUUACGGUGCCAGCAAAUUGGCUGUGGAGGGGAUUAGCGACGGGCUACGGCGAGAGCUCGUCGACUUCGAUUGUUCGGUGUCCAUUGUACAACCCGCGUACGUCAACACGGCCAUCUUCAAAAAAGUCACCCAAAGUAUCGACACAAAAGUCGAAGUCUCGCCGGAAAUCAUGACUACCUACGGGUAUUUUUUCCGGACCGAAAAACGUAUUAAAGACCGAGCGGCUGUGGACAAAGCAAGCCCCCCCUCUGUCACCACAGACGCGAUAACUCAUGCAUUGACGUCUCCUUACCCACAUACACGCUACAUCGUGGCAAAUGUGAGCGGAAUACCAGCAUUCUGGCUGGG